GAUGACUAGAGCUAAUUCUGGCCUCCUAAUCCCAGUCCCAUCCACCCUCCCCCUCUUCAAGGAGCAGCUGACGCCCAGGUAGCCGUUAUCACUUUAACCUAUACCACUUCACAGAGACGGGAAAGAGUGAAAAGGCAGCAGUUUCUGCUUCUUCCUUUUUUUUUUAUGCCGGUGUCUCUUGUGUUUGAGCCGGAAACAUAACACACCUGUGUGAGUUUGGGUGGAGAAUGUAGCUGCAGCCCUCGAUCCAGGCCACAGGACAGCACACCAAGAUGGGAGAAGCUCAAAAGGGCUUACUCUCUGUCAUAGAGAAACUGAAGGGAUCCUCGGAACAGGAGGUCAGGAUAGUUCUUCUGGGACUGGACAACGCCGGAAAGACCACGCUGCUGAAAAGCCUGGCCUCCGAAGACGUGAACACCAUCACGCCAACGCAGGGCUUCAACAUAAAGAGCGUUGCAUCUCAUGGCAUGAAACUUAAUGUUUGGGACAUCGGAGGACAGAGGAAGAUCAGGCCCUUUUGGAGAAAGUACCUGGAAAACACCGAUCUCUUAAUUUAUGUUAUUGACAGCGCGGACAAGAAGCGGUUUGAGGAAACAGGACUGGAGCUGUCCGAGCUGAUCGAUGAGGAGAACUUAAAGGGCGUUCCGGUUCUCAUUUUUGCUAAUAAGCAGGAUCUGGCCACGGCGUCGCCGGCCAGCGAGAUCGCCGAGGGACUCAACCUGCACACGUACCGAGACCGCCAGUGGCAGAUCCAGGCCUGCUCAGCUGUGUCUGGGGAGGGAGUUCAGGAUGGCAUGAACUGGAUUUGCAACAACAUUGUGAACAAGAAAAAGUGAAACAAAAUCCCAAACUCAGACCAGAAUCGAACAAAGAACCAGCUUCAUAAAACAGGACAAGAAGAAACAAAAUUCUUUCACUUCAUCCAAACCAAGACAUAAACGACUCACCUCUGAUGUCUAAAUAAUUAUUUUUUCUGUUUACAUGUUGUGCGAUUUUUAUGAAUAUUUUGCAAAUGUAGCCGAUCUAAAUGAGCAAGUAUUGAUUCAACUAGACUUAGGGAAUGAUUAACAUCAGUUUUACCAUUAAAAAUGUCUGUUUGUAUUUCCUUCAUUUCAAGGAUCUGUACGCUUUCACUGAGAAAAACUCGGUGUGUAGUCACAUAAGCCAGAGCAGUAUGUGUGUAAUGUGAGCAUUUUUGACAAUAAAAUAGUAUUUUUUGCCUUGUU